GGGGCCGCGCUCGCCACACCUGCCCAACCGCAGGUUAGGAGAGGUGAGGCCGCCUUGUAACUGGUGAGAACUGGCGCGGGGGAGGCGGGGCGAGCGAGGAGCCGGCUCCCCAGCCGCUCCGCGCCGCGCCCCGCCGCGCAGAUCUGCGGCCUUGGUCAACCCUCCCCGCCAUCCGGAUUCUGCCGCGCCCUAAGUCCCGCAGCAGGAGCAGAGACCCGCCAGCCCGGUGCCCGCUAGACUGCUAGGUGAGACUUGCAGGCGGUCAGCCUGGCCCGCGUGCCAGGCUUGGAGUGCCAGAGGGGACGUGCUGAUGGACGUCCAGCCUGCCCUCCUGCCGCGCCCUGUCUUCCCCGGGGAGGCUCAGAGGUACUUCAGGGAACUGGCAGGCUGCCGGCUCCCGGCUGCGCAGGCACGGCCCUUCCUGUUCCCACCCCUCCGGGGACAGCGCUGAGAGGCCCCUGGCAGUCCUUCCGCUGGCUCGGGUUCGGGGCAGGAAGGCUGGACCCCGAAAGAUAUUGGGUGGCCAAGAAGGAACCCCUGGAGUCCUGGAGGCAUCUGCUCAGUGAACAGCACUAGGCCCUGAGAGAGGGGAGGACCCCGAAGCCAUGGUCCUGAGGCCCAGGCCCUGCAGCCCUCCACACCUGAAGACACUGUGAGCCCAUCUGCUCGGGCUCCACCCUUACCAAGCAGGCAGCCCAACCCGUGGAACCUGCUGGUUCUCCUCCCGCACCGGCUCACAGGAGGCUGGGGCAGCCUGGGCCGUGGGAAGGGCGGAGAGUGCAGGGUGUUUUCCUCAGAGCUGAAGGACUUUGAGAGUGGAAGACAGAGCCUGUGUGGAGAGCCAGUGUCCUGUCCUGUCGGGCUCUCGGGUAGGGAGGCCAGUCAGGGCUCCCAGCAUCAAGGGGCACAGGAACCUCCAGCCCCUAGUGGGGUGAGUGUUCAUCCUGGACCUAGGUGAGACAGACUCAGGUACCCAGAGCCCAUUAAGCACUCCCACAGGUUUGCCAUGAGCCCCAGGCCCUUGGGGCACCCAGGAAGGUGGGUGCUGGGGUGAUUGGAGGCAGACCAAGGUGUGGGCACUGGGAUGUCUGUGGAGUGACCUCAGAGACACAAGCAGAAUCCAGAGCCUGUUCCCACCUUGAGAACUUGAUCCUGGACCAUUUCCAGACAGUUCCCUGGAGUGUUCCUUUGGGGAGGGCCUGUGGCAGUCUUCUGAAUGUGGUAAGACCUUUAGCCGAGCCACCCUUCUGUAUGGAAUGUGUGUAGGUCCAACGGCAGGAGGAAAGAUGGGUGUCCACCUGUGCAGCAGAUGCUGGCCCCACAGCCUGUACCCUGGCCUUAGAGUACAGCCACAAGCAAGGAAGAGAAGUCUGCCCAGCCACCCUCCCACCUGCUCUUGCGCUCCUAUCUCUGUCUUCCACAGUAUCUGUCUCCUCGUCUACUGUGUCAGAAGUGCCUACUGUCUCAGAGUCCGUGUUUCUAUUAGGAUCUAAACUCCUCAUCAGAAUGUUGCCUUCACAGGGGGCUUCAGGUGCAACCAUGCUGAGGUAGUGCCUGUCUCUCAGAAGGAUUUCCCCACUGUGAAACAGGGAUUUUAGGGAAAGAAAUCAAAACAAAUAAGCAGGAAGCCUUGACAGAGGGGCCUGCUGCAAACAGGAGGCAGCUGGGGGUCCUCAGGUCAGGGGCUGACCUGAGUCAGUGGCAUGAAUGACGAGGAGGAGCCAGGCCCAAGUCUUUGCGUAUGGGGUCUGUGAGAGAGCCUGUGGCUCCAGGGAGGGGGCACUCAGCAUAAGAGAAUGGGGCUUCGUCAGGGGCAGACAGUUGCAGGACCCCAGCUAUUUCAACUGUUCCUCCAUCCUCCCACCUCCCUGAAAUAAAUGAGCUACAGAGAGAGCUGACCCAGCAGAGGACCCACAAGCUCUGUGUGGAACUGUUUUAGUUUGUGUUAGAAAAUGGAUGGCUUGGAGGCGGAGUUCAACCUGAAGCUUGUGCUGGUCAGCUUCCAGCAAUGUCUCAGCGAGGAGGAAGAAGUACUGCUGGACCACUACAUCGCCGGCUGGAAGGGGCUGGUCAGGUUUCUGAAUAGCCUAGGCACCAUCUUCUCCUUCAUCUCAAAGGAUGUGGUCUCCAAGCUGCAGAUUAUGGAGCGUCUACGCAGCAGCCCCCAACAUGAGCACUACAUGAGCCUGCAGUCCAUGGUGGCCUACGAGGUGGGCAAUAAGCUGGUGGACCUCGAUCGCCGCUCCCGCCACCCAACCUCAGGCUGCCGGACCUUGCUGCGCCUGCACCGAGCUCUGCGCUGGCUACAACUGUUCCUGGAGGGCCUGCGCACCAGCCCUGAGGAUGCACGCACCUCCGCACUCUGUACCGACUCCUACAAUGCCUCCCUGGCCGCCUACCACCCCUGGAUUGUGCGCCAGGCAGUCACCGUGGCCUUCUGCACACUGCCCACACGCAAGAUCUUCCUUGAGGCCAUGAACGUGGGGUCCCCGGAGCAGGCUGUGGAGAUGCUGGGCGAAGCCCUGCCCUUCAUCCAGCGUGUGUACGAAGUCUCACAGAAAGUCUAUGCAGAACACUCCCUGUUGGACUUGCCUUAGUGGCCACUCCCAGGCUGGAUGGGCUUCCCCUGCUGGAGAGCUGGACUUGGGCAGCCAGGGCCCAUGCACUCCACAACAAAGCUUUCUGGGUGCCACCCUCACCCCUGCAGGCUGAGCUUAUUGAGAGCCAUCAGCUGACAGGAAGGCAGGCAGCUGGCCUAGAAGAGGUGGCACAAGCCCUCCUCUUGGCCCAGAAUGAGACCCUCCUCAGUUAACAAGAGUGCUCAGUCGAGCCUCACUGAGGCGUGGAGACUGGAGGUGGUGGGGGCGCAUAAUCCUGCAUGAGCAACAGCCUGGUGACUGCCCUACUGCUAUGUGUGGAUUCUGUGAAAUGGUGUGAGGACACAGGUCCCUGGGCACCAAGGCUCUGUGCUGCUGUUCCGGCCAGUAUGCCCAGCCCACAGGUAUACUUCCCAUGCUUGUCCUAGGCCAGGCCUCGGACACAGCAGGCCAAGCUGCCCGAGUCCUCUCCAUACCCUGGCUGGCUAUCCCGAGGCAGAAUGAGAACCUUGGGCAGGGUCUGGGCACUGAGGACUCUCCCAGGCCUUUACCUGCCUCCUGUUAGCCUGUCUGCCUGCUGAGCAAACCAGAGCCUUCAUGUCCUUGGCACUGGCACCUGGAAACUAAAGUCUUGAGCAGAAAGACCUUCCCAGCUAUCUAAAUAGCUCCUGCAAGGAGGGCUUGAGCUCCCCCGAGAGACCCAGCAGGCUGUCUCCUGCAGAGAUACCAUUGCAGGCCACCCCUGCAUGGCCCAACACCACUGGGUGGAGCCAGGCAUUCCCUCUGCCCCUGCUCUGCUGCCUUUCCACACAGUGCUCAGGAGAUGGGGGGUGCCCAGACUAGGAGGGGGCUGGACCCCCUUAACUAGCUGACAGUUAUCAGAUGGCCACACCAUCCAGCCAUCAUGCAAUGCUUAGGAGCCUGGUCACUCCUACUGCUCUUCACCAACCCACAGGGACAGUGUUCUCAGUGCAGCAGAUGUGCGUGAAUGCAGCUUCCAGGGUGUGCUUGGCCCUUUGGAAAGUGAUAUGGGUGAUACCGUCCAACAUAAUAAACAAUGCUCAUGGGACUA